AAGCAGCAGCAGCAGCAGCAGCAGCAACGAAGAGAAGACUGUAGAGAGAGAGAGAGAGAGAGAGAGAGAGAGACUCCGCUGUUAGCCUGAAACAUCAAGUAACAACAAGUAACACACGGAGAAAAAAAAAACCAGAACACACAAAACCUCCAGGGAUUUCAUUUUUCUUUGGCGUGAAACACAACAAGCGUCGCCCCCCCCCACCCCCCACUCAUCGUCCGGGGUUUCCUCCCAAAGCGAAGGUCUUCUACCUUCACCUCCCUGUGACAAAUGUUGAGACCAGAGAGCAGCCUGUUGAAGAGCUGUUAGAGGUUACAGGCAGAGAACGGGGGGGAGUAUCGUUUAGCUGUACCAGGUUGUGUCUCAUGAGAGUGACUGUGCCAUCCAGGCACUCCCAGUGACCAGCGCUGUGGCUGUGGUGGGCCCGGCCCAGGAGGCCUUCCUGUACAUCACUCCGGGCACCCGCUGACCUGUGCUGCUCUCACUAUGGAUCAACAGAGAGACAAAUAUGGCGAGCGGCCCGCCAGGGCCACUAAAGUGUCCCAGGGAAGCCGCAGCGGACACUCGUCCCGGCCAUCCGGCGCCUCCAGCUCCUCCGGGGUUCUCAUGGUGGGGCCAAAUUUCCGUGUGGGCAAGAAGAUCGGCUGUGGAAACUUUGGUGAAUUGAAGCUUGGUAAAAACCUCUACACCAAUGAGUACGUAGCUAUUAAACUGGAACCAGUGAAGUCGAGGGCACCACAGCUGCAUUUAGAGUACCGGUUCUACAAAACACUGGGAACUACAGCUGAGGGCGUACCCCAGGUGUUUUACUUUGGGCCCUGUGGGAAAUACAACGCCAUGGUUCUGGAGCUGCUCGGCCCGAGUCUGGAGGAUCUCUUCGACCUUUGUGACAGGACUUCCCUCAAGACUGUCCUCAUGAUAGCAAUUCAGCUGAUUUCCCGGAUGGAAUAUGUGCACUCUAAAAACCUCAUCUAUAGAGAUGUCAAACCUGAAAACUUUCUCAUCGGACGGCAAGGGAAUAAAAAGGAACACAUAAUCCACAUCAUCGACUUUGGCCUGGCCAAAGAAUACAUCGAUCCCGAGACCAAAAAACACAUUCCAUAUCGGGAGCACAAGAGCCUAACCGGCACGGCCCGAUAUAUGUCCAUCAAUACACAUUUAGGCAAAGAGCAAAGCCGGCGAGAUGACCUGGAGGCUUUAGGCCACAUGUUCAUGUAUUUCCUUCGUGGGAGUCUACCUUGGCAGGGACUAAAGGCCGACACGUUGAAAGAACGAUACCAGAAGAUCGGAGACACAAAACGAAACACUCCCAUCGAGGUCCUUUGUGAGAACUUUCCAGAGGAAAUGGCAACCUAUCUGCGAUAUGUGAGACGGUUAGACUUCUUUGAAAAACCUGACUAUGAAUACCUGAGGACUCUGUUCACUGAACUGUUUGAGAGAAAAGGAUACACCUUUGACUACACCUACGACUGGGUUGGCAGACAGAUACCCACACCAGUGGGGUCUGUCCAUAUAGACUCCGGAGCAUCUGCUGUCACGAGAGAGAGCCACCCUCACAGAGACCGGCCCUCACAGCACCAACCAAUCAGAAAUCAGACUGCGGUGUCAGAUCGACGAGGAGCAUGGGAGGUGCAGCCCACACGGCAAGCAAACUCGUCCUAUCUGACCUCCCACCUGGCAGCGGACAGGCACGGGGGCUCAGUGCAGGUGGUCAGCUCGACCAACGGGGAGCUGAAUGUAGACGAUCCGCUGGCAGCUCAUUCCAGCGCUCCGAUUACAGCUCAGGCAGAGGUGGAAGUGGUGGACGAGGCCAACUGCGUGAAAAUGCUCAACCUGUGGUGCUGCUGCUUCUUCAAGCGAAAACGGAAGAAGAACACGCCGAGGCACAAAUGAUCAACCACCACCGGCCUGAAACCUUUCAAGUGUCUGGCUCAGUUAAUUGUGAUUACAGAAAUCAAUAAGGUCCCAUUCAGAAUAAAAGCGGGAGACGACUGAGCGAUCUUGAUUGAAUUGUUCUCCGGAGGGACCGGUUAAAAAUGGUUUGUUGAGAUUUACAAGACGUUUGUGUCUCAAUGGUAGAUUACUUUUGAAUAUAUUUUUUCCCCCCUCCUCCGAGAUGUGUUGCAGUCCAGUCGUCCAAACUGGGAACCUUUUUGUUGGAAUUUUGCAGAGGAUAAUGAUGUUUUUUUUCUUUCUUAAGACCCCCAGCAUUUUUGUAUUUUUUCAGUUUUUGUCUCUUUUUUUUUUUGCCCGUUUGUCUUCUGUGGUAUUGAAACGAAGAGACUCCUGUGGGAUCUUCAUCGUCUUACACACAAUGAUUUUCUGGUGCAAAAUCAUGUUGUCACUUCGCAGUCCACAGUUUGUUUGCUCACUUGUUUUGACUGAAAGCCCUUCUGUUUAUUUUCCUACCAUGGGACCGAAUGUAAACCCGAACACAGGAAGGAGCCAAGAGCAUAAAAAUCUCACCUCACACACUGAAACAGAGAGCAUCAGUCUGACACUUUGGCCCCUGCACUUUUUUUCCUCCAAAGAGGUCAACCCACCCUGGCACUGGGUUCUGGACCAGUGAGAACAGGAGACCAGAGACGCCUCCUGCACUGCGUUGUCUGAGGAGGAUUUCUGCUCAAGCCGCUUGGUGAAAGCACUCCUCUUUAGCACGCCGCUGUUCAAACACACUACAGUCUCAUUUCUGCUCCUGUCUGCUUUGUGAUGAGGAGCUGAGCGGCUACCAGACACUUAUAGACGGGGCUGAAAAAAAAAAAAGAUGCUAUUUAUGCUAUUUAUCUAAUAAGUUGCCACCAGUUUUCUUACUAAUUCUUAAACAUACGCACUGAAUGUAUGGACAGAAAAGUAAAUGACUUUGGCUUUUAUGUAAUCUGUCUUGCGCAUGGGAAGGAAAUUGCAUUUAAAGGAGUUAAGAGCGACGUUUUAAAAUGGAAAGAGACCAAAAUGAGUGGACUACAGGCUUAAAUUAUCAUGAUCUUAAUAAUGUGAUGGUCAAUAAAGGACUGUACACCAGUGCACACUGGGGGAUGAUGCUUUGGAGUGACAAAUGAACCUGGCGUGAUGUGCUCUGGAGAUUGAAUCACAGCCUCUCGACGCUACAAUCCAAUGCCUUAACCCCAACACACUGACCGACCAACCAGUCCACCACCACGACACAUCAUCACAUGAAGGAGUCGGGCCUCAUGACAGCGCAACUUUGAUGGUCACCUGUAUAAUAAAACCCAAAGCUGCGGACUGUUUUCAGCUGGUAUUAGUGCAGUUAAUGACUUCCCUUGCAAAACUGAAGAUGUAUUCCCAAGAGAGAGAGAGAGAGAGAGAGAGACAUGCCAAAUGGGAGGUUGGGUGUAGUAAUCUGUAACGGUGUGAGGAUGUCCCCGCCCCCUUUGUGUCCAGUCUGAGGACCCCUGUGCUGCAAAGCGAUGUUCCACGUUUGGACGACUCUGCUAAAAGCACGUUCUCUCGAUGCAGAGAGAGAACCUUAACACGAGCGAGGGCGGAUAAGUGAACAUGUCCAUACAAUUCUUUUAAUUAUUUUUUUUUUUGUGUGUGUCAUGGAGGACUGCCUUGAAAACGAUAUCCUCAACAUGUCACCUUGCCUAUCCUCCUAACAGAGUGAAUUACCGUACAUAGGUGUUUUAUUUUUUUAUUUUAUAUCUUGCUAAUGUGAAUUUUUUGUUAAUGCAAUUUUUUUUUUUUCCCCCAUUCCAAAUAGCCAUGGUUUUACGGGGAAAGAGAGGGUAACAAAAAAAGCUUGAGACCAUGACUGCACUACAUUUGUUGACCCCGGCUUUCCCUGACAAGACCCUGCCUUCUUAAUACUGUACUUUAAACGUGCUUAUUACUUUAAUUGUAGCCGCCUCGUGUGCUAGGCCUUCCCUAUAGGGUGCAGGGAAUACACUUUAUAUCCAUCUUCGUCCCCCGCCCACUCCUUUUUUUUUUGUGCCAUGAGCCCUCCCCCUUUUUAUCUUUUAAACACACACGCAUGCACACACUCACACAUGCAAGUCCUCCCUAAUUCAGCUCUCAGUGGAGUGUUUGAUUUAGCGUUAUUUUGGACUUGCUCCAUCCUUUCUAAAAAUGUUGUAGAUGUUGCAAACUCUCUCGAUGAAUCAGUAUGUAAACCUGCUUGUUGCGUGUAUUUACACUGUAUAGCUUUUGGUUCAUUCUCACCCCCUGACAUGUCAGUUAAUCCGGGGUCUAAGUUAUUGUGUUAUUGAAAGUACUUGAAUAUGAAAAUCUACGGGACCUUUUCUGUUUGUUUAAGCUUUAUUUUCUGGUUGUUAUCAUAGUGAUUCCAUGCAUAGGAUUCAAGGGGGAUGGUGGGAACACAGGCUAUUUGAAUGACAGGUAUUCAUUAGUUUGAGAUGUCUUAGUGCCUCUUGAGUGUGUUGGACAGGUGACGUCUGUCAGACUCACCUGUGGAGUCGGGUGCUGGCUGGUGUUUAUGACUGGGUGAGUCUUGUCUCUGUUUCUACCCAGAGUAGGAGUAGUUGGAUGUUGGUUUGGAGGUUGAAAUCACUCUUUUGUCUCUGUGAAACAUUCAACAUAAUGUAUAUGAAUCAAUAUCCUCAAAUGCUUCAUUUUUUUUUUUGUUUUAUAAUUCCAGACAUCAAACCUGUGACAUCUGCUGCCUGUAAAGCUCCCCAAAAAGCCUCCGCAGCACCCUGACUGUUUCCUUCCAGCUACCUGAGAAAAGUUGAAAGUAUUCUGUAUAGUGAGAUGGAUAUCCAGACUAUUUAGCCUUCAAAGUUUCCCCCUGAAUUCCCGCGUGCCAUUUUCCUGAGACUACUACUAGCCUAUGCCUUUUACCUGUGCCAGGAAAAUCAUAAAGUUGAAUGUUUCUCGAUCAUCACAUUCCACCUUAGUCCUUGACGUGUCAUUUUUGGAGGAAAAAAAAAACCGCAGAGAGUGAUGUGACUUGAUUCACGACCCAAAAGUGUUGUCGUAGAGGUUGAAGAGAAAGGAAAGUGUUUUAUGAGUCGUCUCUGUCCGUUUCUAACUUCUUAUGUUGUAAAUUAAGAAGAAAGCCAUCUUGGUUUGGUAUUUCAGAGUUGAAUUUGUGACUGGUCAUCUUUGCAACAUCUGCUACUUCCUGAAACUCGCCUCGCUCUUUAGCUCACGGCUGAAACAGUAGAUAUAUAUAACUCUGAUGUAUUUAUUUUUGACUCUCUGGGCCUCAUACAGAGCUAUAUAGGAACACUGUAUGGUUCCUGUCUGCAUGGCUUAUCUGGAGACGACAGCAAGCGAUCUCUCCAGUGAACUUUCUCACCUGUUGGAUCAGUGAGACGUUAUGGCUUCCAGUUCUCAUGUAAGAUAUAAAAAAAAAAAAACUUUUUUUCAUUUCUUAUCACAGCGUGGACCAUUUCAGUUCCCAUCACUCCUGAUAAACUUCUCGUCAGUCAGACUUGUGUUUAUGGCUUUGGUUGUGUGUAGCUCACAUAGCUGUGUAAAUCAAAGCAAAGGACGGUUUGAGUGUGAAUGAAUGGCUUCGGUCUCUUUGGGUUCUCUGGCACUUUUUCCUUGUUGCUGUACUGUAGAAUCGUCUUGGAUUUACUGUAUAUUUUUUUUGAGGGAGAGGUUGAGGGUGACAUUUAUUGCAAUAUUGUGAUAAUUAUUUGAAAUUUGUAAAUUGUACAGAGUUCACAAAUAAUACUCUUUGUUCUUUCUGUUGGGAUUCAGUAUAAAAGAUGUAUUCUUUGAUUUCUUCCCCCCCUCCCUCUCAGACUGUGGAAAUUGUACAGCUCCAAGAGUUUAUCCUCCCCUCGCAUUGUUUUUUUUUUUUUUUUCCAGAGCUAUGAUUAAGAGAAAUCUUAAAAACUGUAAAUAAAUAUUAUUGUGUUGAAAUAUGAAUGUCACUUCAAAAAUGUAUUUGAAUGAGUUAGUCAAGGGCUUCAAGAAUGAAGGACCCACGUCUCUUCUUUUUAUGGUUUCCUAUUUUUAAUUUACAGAAAGGUAAAGGUCCUUUUUAUCGGAGAUGCCUGUGUUUAUUUUCCCUCCUUGGAUUCGUAUAAUACAAAUGUUUGACACACGAACCUUAUGAAAUCACUUUUUAUUCCCUCCACACCUAAAGGGAAACUCCAGUUUGCACCCUUUUUUAUGUAAAAUAAAAGAUCUCUCCACCUUG